GAGACACGAUUUCGUUAUAUGCCUUCAAUCGCUUUCGAACGGAGCAAGAGAAAAAAGGGUGCUUCAGUUUCUUCUCGAAUCUCUGGGCACAGAAAUUAGGGUUGCUGAGCGUUUUCGUUCCGAGUGGAAGAUAUGGCAACUCUUGAAGACUCUUUCCUCGCAGACCUCGACGAGUUAUCUGACAAUGAAGCAGAACUGGAGGAGUCUGAUGGUGAUGAUGCAAAAAAGGAUGAUGAAGAUAUCGACAUGGACAUGGCUGACUUAGAAACCCUUAACUACGAUGAUCUCGAUUCCGUUUCUAAGCUCCAGAAAUCUCAGAGAUAUCUUGACAUUAUGCAGAAAGUGAAAGAGGCUCUUGGAAAGGAAUCUGAUGGAGCGGAGAAAGGAACUGUACUAGAAGAUGAUCCUGAAUACAAGCUAAUCGUGGAUUGCAACCAGCUCUCAGUCGACAUUGAGAACGAGAUUGCCAUAGUCCACAACUUCAUCCGUGACAAGUACAGACUCAAGUUUCAAGAGCUUGAGUCUCUGGUGAACCACCCUAUCGAUUACGCCCGCGUUGUCAAAAAAAUAGGCAACGAGACGGAUUUAACACUCGUCAAUCUUGAAGGCCUUCUUCCCUCUGCUAUCAUCAUGGUUGUGUCAGUCACUGCCUUGACCACUAAAGGGAGCCCACUCCCAGAGGAUGUCCUGGAGAAGACUCUAGAGGCUUGCGACCGAGCUUUGGAUCUUGAUUCCGCAAGGAAGAAGGUUCUUGACUUUGUUGAAAGCAAGAUGGGGUCUAUCGCACCGAAUCUCUCCGCCAUUGUUGGGAGUGCCGUUGCAGCCAAGCUGAUGGGAACCGCUGGAGGUUUGUCAGCGCUUGCUAAAAUGCCUGCCUGUAACGUUCAAGUUCUUGGACACAAGAGGAAGAACCUUGCCGGGUUCUCUAGUGCAACGUCGCAGUCACGUGUUGGUUAUCUGGAGCAGACGGAGAUUUUCCAAAGCACGCCUCCGGCGCUUAAGAGUCGCGCCGGCAGGAUCUUGGCUGCAAAGUCUACUCUGGCAGCGAGAGUUGAUGCUACUAGAGGAGACCCAUCUGGAACAAAUGGAAAAGCUUUGAGGGAAGAGAUCCGUAAGAAGAUUGAGAAGUGGCAAGAACCUCCUCCGGCAAGGCAGCCUAAGCCACUUCCCGUUCCUGACUCCGAGCCUAAAAAAAGAAGAGGUGGUCGCCGUCUAAGGAAAAUGAAAGAAAGGUAUGCAGUGACAGACAUGAGGAAGCUUGCCAACAGGAUGGCGUUUGGUACACCCGAAGAGAGCUCUCUUGGUGAUGGAUUAGGUGAAGGAUAUGGAAUGCUUGGCCAGGCUGGGAGCAACAGGCUGCGUAUAUCCAGUGUUCCCAGCAAGCUGAAGAUUAAUCCUACCAUCGCCAAAAAGCUGAAAGAAAGAAACUAUGCAAGUGGUGCCACUACCUCUGGAUUGACUUCGAGUCUGGCUUUUACUCCUGUGCAGGGAAUAGAGCUGUGUAAUCCUCAACAGGCUUUAGGAUUAGGCAGUGGGACUCAAAGCACUUACUUUUCAGAGUCAGGGACCUUCUCUAAGCUCAAGAAAUAAACUUGUGAGAGCAAACAUUUCAAAGUGUUGAAAGAAGAUGAGGAUGUGAGUGAGACACAGUGGUGUUUAAGUGCUUUCUAUUUCUCUUCUAUGUUAUAAGUUUUCUCUACCCAAUCACUUUUGUGGCCUCUUUACGAUAAUUUAAGAUUCUGAGUAUAAGUAUAGGUUUGCUUUGGAGUUUAGUUUCACGGUUGUGAGAUAAUCUAUCUGGUGAGAAUGUACUGGUUUGCUAUGUUUUUGGUAUCCAAUGAUACUUUCAAAAUUAUAUAUUAUUGUUUUAUGAAAA